CGGGGCGCCGGCAGUUGCCGCGCAUGCGCGCGGCGGCGUCGUUGCCCUUUCCAUUCCGUCUGUCACCUCACAGUUGGUGUCGCCGCGGAGCCGGGAGCAGCGGGACCGGACCGGACCGGGAGCGGGACCGGACCGGGAGCGGGGCCGCGGCCGCGCUUCCCCCCUCCCCCCGCCCCGGCCCUGCUCAGCGGUGCGCGCCCGCCCCUCGGCCCGGCCGCGGGCGUCGCGCCGCGCGCGGCCCCCAUGGAGGAGCCGCUGGCCCUGCACCCCGUGAAGCUCUACGUGUACGACCUGUCCAAGGGCAUGGCGCGGCGCCUCAGCCCCCUCAUGCUGGGGAAACAGCUGGAUGGCAUCUGGCACACCUCCAUUAUAGUCCAUAAGGAUGAGUUCUUCUAUGGCAGUGGGGGAAUCUCCAGCUGUGCACCUGGAGGGACGCUGCUUGGCCCCCCAGACUCAGUUGUUGAUCUGGGAAACACUGAAGUCACAGAGGAAAUUUUCCUGGAGUAUCUUUCCUCAUUGGGAGAAUCUAUGUUCCGAGGAGAGUCUUAUAACCUCUUUGAACAUAACUGCAACACCUUCAGUAAUGAAGUGGCACAGUUCCUGACAGGAAGAAAGAUCCCUUCCUACAUCACUGACCUUCCAGCUGAAGUGCUUGCCACACCUUUUGGACAAGCUUUAAGGCCCCUCUUGGACUCCAUCCAGAUCCAGCCACCUGGUGGAAAUACCUUCAGCAGACAUAAUGGACAGAGCUAACAGGAGUGACCCGGUGUGCCCAGCCUCACCAGGCCUCUUCCUUUUUAAUCAUGAAUUACCAGAUUUCUAUUUUAUAAUUUCCCAUUGAAAUUAACUCUAUGGAAAUGACAAGAUAAGUUUUCAAAUUUCCUAAGGAGAGGAUUUAUCAGGGUGCAUGUAAGACAAUGCUACCAAAAAGAUUGCCGUAAUUUCUAAUAGUAUUAUACUAACUUAUAAAGGCUGUCUUGCCCGAGUAGGCUGUCACUUUUGAAAUAACUCCUAUGCCAGUAAAGUGGAGAUUCAUUCCAUGAACAUUCAAGGGCCCAUUAUAUUAUUUGGGGUAAAUAAGGGGAUGUUCUAGCCAUCCUUUGCCAAGCUCACAUCUCUUUCCUGUGUCGCUGCUUAUAUUAUGGGGGCACUUGCUCUCAUGUCUGUAGCAGAAUGACAAAGGAAGUGUUUCUAGUGUAGAAAGUGAAGGCUUCCCAAUGUUAACCUUCUGUGUAUUUUGUUGACAUUGUGUUACUUGCUCAGGGGAAAAGCUCAACUCAGCUGAUUAUAUGAAAUGAUCUAGAUGAACUAAGUGUCCCUCUCAAAAAUUGCAACUUUCAAUGGGAUUAAGUAUGUGGGGGAGGAGGGGGCUGCAACUGAAAAUUACCAAGAGCCUCCUCCUGCUAGAUGCAAGAAUUAUGAGAGAGCAUGAGCUGAAAGAACAGAAUCUCAUGAGCAGAAGUAGUGAAAACACAUUUCAAGUGAGAGCAAAAUGAAAUGUUUCGUUUUUCUCUAAAGCAAGCUUACUAGCAAAUGUGUAGAACCUUGUUAACUAUCCACCUUCAGACAAGAGCUGGUUUUGCUCAUUAUACCAGAGUCACAGUACAGAAAGGCAGGAGUGGCACAGCAGCUACAUAAUAAUAUAAGAUAGGCCAAUUCUGCCUUCAAUAUCCAGUUGCAACCACAGUUGGAGUUCCAACUUUCUCAGAUAUUGCUGUCCUUUCCAGAGCAGUUGAGUAUGUCACAGACAGGACUUUGACUAAGUGUAAGAGAAAUACCUAACACAUCUCCCCAAAUUUAAGGAACAUGAGCAAGACUAAAAUUCAGCUUUUCUACACACAUACAGAAGCAGUUUUAUCCUCUGAUUGACAUUAGAUUGCAUCAAUACUGCAUCUCCUGAUUUAAGGUUCUCACAGCUUCACCAUUAUUUGCAGAGAGAAAAGAUUAGGGAAAGGAAAGAAUAAGCACAUUCAUUUCUUUUCAUGCAUGUGUAUUCACUUUUCCUGGACAACUCUGUAGCAAUUAAUUUAGGAAGGAACACAAGAAAGAGUCAUCAGGCAACUGGAACAUUCCCCAAACCCAAAAGGGCUGCUAAUUCUCCGUAAAGGGGGAUCGUGCAUCCUGGAUGCUGCUGAUAAAGCAUCUAUGCAAGUGUUUACCCCUUUGUCCAGUGCUUUGUUGUGAAAAGAAUUACAGCAAGUUCAGUCCUGCAUCUUAAACUUCCUGCACUGGAAACCUCCUGCAAACCUAAAGUAGAUGUCUUUUCUCUGUGGAGCUCUUUUUCCCAAAAUAAUAUGUGUUAAUAAUUUUGUCAUGCUGUUAUUCAGUGAGGACUAUAAUGGUUCAUAUUUUUGUGGGGAUGGAAUGGAGGAAAACUACGGUUUAUUCAGGCUGCAUCAAAUAUUCUUCUGCCCUGCACUUUGUGAAAUCACUACAUAUGUGAAAAUAAUAUACUGUCAGUGUAUUUCACAGUUGUGUGUGUACAUACAGCAGUGGUCUUUGUGGCCCAGAAUGUUUUUCUCCUUCUGUCAUUCUCUGCUUUUGCCAUCAACUUCUUAAGUGUUUCAUUUGAUGUACUGGAAUCUGAAAUAACUGUAACAGUUAGUUCUGGUUUACACAAAAUCUCUCAAUCUUUCUCCCCUUUUCCCCACUAAAAGUCAGGGUUUGCCAAAAAUGAACAAACAAAAAAAAAUCCAUAAUAAAGCAUUUAUGAACACCUUUUGGUGCUGUUAGAGGAAGAAUCAGUAAGUGUUUGCUUUCCGCUGAGCCACAGCUUAAAAGUGUUCCUUUUCUCUUUAUGUAUCCUCUCCAAUCCUUCCUCAUACCUGUUGUUUAAAGAGUAACUUGCCUCUCAUCUUCAGAGAGAUGUGACUAUAUCACAAAAUGCAGUAGCAUUAGAGAUCUUGGAGCUUCCCCAGCCAAACAGAUUUACACGAUUUGACAGGAUGCAGCACCCAAAAGCAGCACAGCUGUGGUUGCUUGUCUUUCAGCAAGCUACUUACUUCAGGCACAGUAUUGCACUGAUAUGGCUCCUCUGCUUCCCAUUCAGGGGAAGCUCUGACAGCACGGUCUCUGUCCCACACUCCAUUGCAUGGUGUAGAUGCGUCCUGUGUGUCCACCACUUCAUGGUUCUGAGCCUGGGUUCUGCUUGGCUGCCCACUUCAGGACAUGUUAUAUCCUGUCAGGAGGGAGGAAAGAAAAGGAAGUGGUUGACCCUGUGCAUUUUGCAGUUUGUCUUUUUCCCCUCCCUAGCAGCCCUUUGGAAGAGAUAAUGCUGCUGUUUGAAUAUCACCAGGUAAAAUUUCACUCGACCAUAUUGUAUUUGCGAUAGCAAUGAAGCUCUGAAAGGAGCUUGCAAAGGGCCUUCUUGGUUUUGGACGUCCUCUAGCUUCAUCUGGCAAAAGACUAUUAGGAGGGAAUCCCAUUUGCUUGAACUUACUGAAUAGGGAGAUCCCAAUAUUGUGUAAAUCUUUUUGAAACCCAUUUUCUACAAAUACUGUUAUGUGUAAAUUGCAGAACUGUGCACCCAACAUUCCACCCAGCCAUACUUAUUUAUAGGAAUAUAAGCUAGAAUGAGAAAUGUAUGUAACUGUAUAUAAGUGAAGAACUUCAGCCAGUUGAUUGACAAAGGGGCAGGGAAGCUGAACUCCUGAAAGAGAGCAGAACCCUUUUGCCCCAACUUACUGUUCUGUCUUGUGUUGUUGGGGUUCCCCCAUGCCAUUUUAAAAAUGUUAAUACCGUCUUUAGGCAGAAAGUGAUGUUUUGAGUUUUUUCUGUUUUUUAUUCUAUUACAAUAAACAGAAAUACAGCA